UUGACAAGCAAGUGAGGUAAUAUGUUGUAAUUACAAAUGUCUGCUUGUGCGUAGGUUACUUUUAUUUACAAGUUAAAAUAUAAUAAGGAUUAAUUAAUAUAAGUUAAACGUACUUUAAGGGAAAGUGUGUAAAUCAAUCUUUAGACAAAGAAAAUUCAAGUAAAUAUUGCGUUUUUAGUCAAAUUGUUGAAAUAAUCAUAGCUUUGUAGUGAUACAGUAAGAUAAUUUCGUCAUGCCCGAUAUAAAGAUAACUCCACUUGGAGCUGGCCAGGAUGUGGGCCGCAGUUGUAUCCUGCUGUCCAUGGGAGGUAAGAACAUCAUGUUGGACUGCGGCAUGCAUAUGGGAUACAACGACGAGAGACGAUUCCCCGACUUUUCAUACAUCGUAUCUGAAGGUCCCAUAACCAGUCAGAUAGACUGCGUCAUUAUCUCCCACUUCCACCUGGACCACUGCGGGGCUCUGCCGUACAUGUCGGAGAUGGUCGGCUACACCGGCCCCAUCUACAUGACUCACCCGACAAAAGCCAUAGCGCCUAUCUUGCUAGAAGACAUGAGAAAAGUAGCAGUCGAAAGGAAGGGAGAGUCCAACUUCUUUACAUCUCAAAUGAUCAAAGAUUGCAUAAAGAAAGUUACCGCAGUGACCCUGCAUCAGUCUGUGAUGGUAGAUAAUGAACUGGAGAUUAAGGCGUAUUAUGCUGGCCAUGUGCUGGGCGCCGCCAUGUUUUGGAUCCGUGUCGGUUCCCAGUCUGUAGUGUACACUGGAGACUACAAUAUGACCCCAGACCGGCACUUGGGUGCGGCAUGGAUUGAUAAAUGUAGACCUGAUUUACUUAUAACUGAAUCAACUUACGCUACCACAAUCCGUGACUCCAAGCGUUGCCGUGAAAGAGAUUUUCUGAAGAAGGUUCAUGAAUGUGUGGAAAAAGGAGGUAAAGUACUUAUUCCUGUAUUUGCAUUGGGAAGAGCUCAGGAGCUUUGUAUUCUGUUGGAAACAUACUGGGAAAGAAUGAAUUUAAAAUGUCCAGUGUACUUUGCCCUUGGACUGACAGAGAAGGCAAAUAACUAUUACAAGAUGUUUAUAACAUGGACAAACCAGAAAAUAAGAAAAACAUUUGUACAGAGAAACAUGUUUGAUUUUAAACACAUUAAGCCUUUUGACAAGUCUUACAUAGACAACCCUGGUGCAAUGGUUGUGUUUGCUACACCUGGUAUGUUGCAUGCUGGCUUGUCUCUGAAUAUAUUUAAGAAAUGGGCUCCUUAUGAACAGAACAUGGUGAUAAUGCCAGGUUUCUGUGUCCAGGGUACAGUGGGGCACAAAAUCUUAAAUGGAGCCAAAAAGGUUGAGUUCGAAAACCGCCAAGUUGUUGAAGUAAAAAUGGCAGUUGAAUACAUGUCAUUUUCUGCUCAUGCUGACGCUAAGGGCAUCAUGCAAUUGAUACAAUAUUGUGAACCUAAGAAUGUGUUGUUGGUGCAUGGUGAGGCACAGAAAAUGGAAUUCUUAAAGGAUAAGAUUGAGAAGGAGUUUAAGAUUAAUUGCUACAUGCCUGCCAAUGGUGAGACUUGCACUAUAAAUACACCUACAAAAAUACCUAUUGAUGUAUCUUUAAGACUGCUGAAGGCUGAAGCUGUGAGGUAUAAUGCUCAGCCACCAGACCCAAAACGACGGCGUGUCGUAAAUGGUAUCCUGUGCGUCAGAGAUAACAGGCUCUCCCUCUUGGAUAUUGAUGAAAUGUGUGACGAAAUUGGCAUCAAUAGGCAUAUCAUUAGAUUCACAAGCACUGUGCGCUUUGAAGACCCAGGUCCAGCUGUCAAGACAGCAGAGAAACUGAAAACUUUACUGUCUGAAAAGUUGGAAGGGUGGACUAUCACAAUAUCUGAGGCUAAUAUAUCUGUGGAAUCAGUGCUUAUCAAGGUGGAAGGAGAUGAUGAUAGCACGAAAAAUAUUUACGUGUCAUGGACUAACCAGGAUGAGGAUCUAGGAAGUUACAUCUUAGGUUUAUUGCAAUCAAUGGUCCAAUAAAUAAAUAAACAAUAGAAUAUGGUGGUUGUUUAAAAAAAUAAUUUGUUUAGAAAUAAAUCAUAUAAUA